AGCGCCAUGAUGUUGCGAAAGUUUGUUUGAAAAUCAUGAAUUGUUGUAAUAAUAUUUUAACGUUGCAAAAAUAAUUGAAAAUUUCAAUUGUGGUUUAACAAUUCGAAAGAUCAACUUAUAGGAGGCAACAUUGCAGAAUCAUGUCGAAUUAUGCGAAAUUAUGCACGCCACUUCCCAAAAGUAAGACUAGUCAUAUCAAGAUCUGUGAAAAUACUCAGCAGUAUGUCAUCGACUUUUUGCAAAACUUGUUGCCACCGUCCGACCAAAAAUCUAUUUCAGAUGAGUUACGAAAGACCUAUAUAUUUAACAAGAUUAGACCAAAGCACAAGCAGAAAGUGGAGAAAGGCAAAUGCUUCUCUGCCAGGAAGAGACUACACCUUGGUUUAGGUAGAAUCGGUAAUAGAAAUCAGAUGAAAUACUCUGAUGUUUUGCCUUUAAAUCAAUUAUGGCUACAGUAUAUGCGAGAGAUGCUCGGUGUCGAGUCGUUUGUUGAUAUAUCAGAGAAUCCUCGAAAUUGGGAGAAUGUAAAUCUGCAACUGAUGAAAGCUGAUUUUCAUGGUGCUAAAAUCUCAAUUGAUAGAUCCAAAUGCCCUAGUCUGGUAGGAGUUACGGGAAUCGUCAUACAAGACACAAAGAAUACUUUUAGGGUCUGUGGAAUGGACAAUAUUAUUCGAACGAUACCAAAAGAUGUAGUUAAGAUUGACGUUCACUUGGAUGAUGGAGUAACACUAAAAGCAUUUGGAAGAGAGCUUUCUAUAAGGCCUGCAGAACGAGCAGUUAAGAAAUUUAAGAAUAGUUCAAUCAUAAUGCUGUGAUAAAUAUUUAAUAUAAUAUAUUAAUAAUUUGAUGGGGUACUUUCUACAAAGAUACACAAAUUAGUGUUAAAUUUUGAUUAAAAAAUUACGUUGUGAAGGAAAAUAAAAAAAUGUGACAAAAUAAAUCAGUAUACGGAUAAUAUAGUUGUACGUAAUUAUACAAUAUGGUAUACCUUUUGUUGAAAUUACUUUAAUUUCAUCUAGAUGUUAGAAUUAUUUUAUUUCUUCAUAUCUUUCAGCAUUUCUUUGUAGAUUAUUAUCAUAGGAUAUUACAAUUACAGGAUUGGUAAUGUAUAUUUACUACUUACAUGGUACAGUAUUUAUAUAUAGUCGUAUAUAUAAUAUAGCAUUAUAUUUAUAUAUAAUGUAUACGCGUGUAAAUCUCUUUGUGUCUCGUGUGUUUAUAUGGAAAGGUGUGCAUAACUAUUGAACAAUAACAUAUUUUUUCUUUUGGAAGUGUGUUCACCCAUGUUCCAUUAAAAUCGCAAUGGUCAAACAUGACACUGAUACAAUGAUAAUUAUUUUCAAUUAAUACAACUAUAUUUGUUUAAUCAAUCUCUACAAUUUCAUUUGGCUAAGGUUUAGAUAAAAAUAAAACGUAGUAUCAGGGCAUGUUACUGACCUCCUCCUUCGACAUUCGACAUAACAGUUUUAAUAUAUAAUAUAUACAGCUAGAUCACUGCAAGAUCAACUGUGGAGUACAAAAAAAACCAAAAUGUCGCGCGAUAGAGAAGACGAGGAAAACGAUGAGCGCGUUCAUUUUUUUAUUAUUACACAAUAUAAUUUUUUUUUUACUUGGGCAUAGUAUUAACGUGACCGGUAUAAACUUUCGCUCUCCGUGCAUUUUAAAAUAAAAAGACUACAUAUUAUAACCUGUUGAGA